AUGCCAUCCAAAAUGGCCCAAAACGGCCAGAGCGAGGAUCUGACCAUUUACUACAAUGACUCUAUAGACUCCGACAACGCCGCCGCCGCGCUCGCCCUGCUCAAGGAGGUCGCCCAGCGCCGCCCGGCUGAGCGCGUUAUCUGGAUCCUGGAGCCGCGCCAGGUGGCCUGGGGCCCCAGCAUGGGCAAGGAGGAGUCCGACAAAUGCAAGAAGCUCUUGAUCAAGUAUUUCCCAGACAAGUAUAAGACAGAUUACGACGCCUUCAAGGCCCUGCUGGGCUCACGUCUCAAGGAAAAGACGCUAUUGGAGCGACAGAAGGAGUUGGAAAGGGAGGGCCAAGAAAUCCCCAGCGAGGACCUGGACCUGUUGAGAAAAGCUACUAAACCUAUCAACUCACAUAAAGAGCAGUCCAAGAAACAUGCCAAACUCAUGGCGUGGGAUCUUGCUGCCUGCCUAACCCAUUGGUCCAAGGAAUACUAUACAUCCUCCAAAGCCCCAAAGGUUGAAGUUCUGGUGGAUUAUGAAAGUCUAGAGGAGAUUCAAAACCCAGUGAACCUACAUUUGCAUUACCAUGAAGAGUUGGUGAGCCGUACCAAUGAAGAAAUUGAAAGCUACAACAACGCCGUGCAGGAGGAGUAUGGGGAGCAGAAGAGUGAUCCAUUGAACCAGGACGAGAAAGCCUUACAAAAGGAUAAGAAGAGCAACGCCGUGGGAAAAUGGUACGAGGAGUGCAUCCACAAAGAACAACAAAAGACCAAGGAACAGCAAAAGACCAAGGGUCAAGAGACCUCAGUUGGCCAACUUGAUAUUGAGUCCCUGUGCCAGGCAAUCAGGGCGGCCAGGAACGUCAGGUUCAUGGGCGGGUCGUCUCUCCGAAUCUUGCGUCAAUUUAUCGAAAAGGAGGUGGCUCACAAGGUUGAAUGCUACCUACAGGCGGGAACCCAAGACUUUGCAGCCAACCUGUUCCCAAACCAAUUCAACAUCGGGCUAAACAUAGAGGCUGCAAGCUUUGUCCUAAGAGAAUACAAGCAAUUCUUAUCCUUUACGAUCGUCCCAUCAGCUACGGCACAAAGUCUCAAGUACUCCUUGGUCGGGCUACAGAGAUUAGGGCACGACUGUCUGGGCAAGAAAAUGCUUGGCUACAACGGCAAAGUAGAGCCCAAGGAUAUUGCAGCGGGGGAGCGUACAAUCGAAAAACACUUUGCUGAAAAGACAGCAAGCAUGCCUGAUCUGACCACCUUCCUCUGCGUUCUCAAAGAAAAGGAGCUCGGUGCAUUUAAGUCGUAUGUCGAGGUGGUUUACAGCAUCGAGAAGGAAGCGGAGCCCACAAACGACGAGUCCAAGAAGAAUGGCUCCCAAAAUGGUGAGGCCAAGAACGGCGAUUCCAACAAGACCAAGGCCGAAACCAGCGAACCCGAGAGAGACGAGAAUGGCAAGAUAAAGGAAGGCGUAUCUCUACGUCUGAAGGAUGCCGAGGAGGGCAUCCCCAUCUAUCGAUUGCCGCCAAUGAAAGAUUUCACCGCCGACGAGGUCGUGAAGCUGCUGGAUUUCUCAGGCGGAGGGGAUUGA